UCAAAACACCCAUAGUAUCAAAAAAAUUUGCAGAUUCAAUGCUAUCCUAAUUAAAACAAAAAAGACAUUCUUCUCAGUUUUAGAAAAAAUGAUGCUAAAAUUUAUAUAGAAAUAGAAAAUACCCUGAACAGCUAAAAAGCAAUCUUACAAAGCAAAAACAAAUUCAGACACAGCACAAUACUAGAUGUCAAGAUGUACUACAAGGCAGUUAAAAUCAAAACAGCCUGGUAUUGAAACAAAAAUAAACAUGUAGACUAAUGAAACAAAAUAGACACUCCAGAAAUCAAUCCGCAUAUCUACUACGAACUAAUCUUCGACAAAGGAGCUAUAAUCAAUCCCUGGAGAAAAGAUACUCUCUUCAACAAAUGGUGCUGGGAAAAUUGAAUCUUCAUAUGCAGAAGCUAUGAAACAAGAUCACAGCCUUAAACUUUAUAUUCAACUCAAAAAGCAUCAAGGAUUUAAAUCAAUGACCUGAUACCAUCAAAUUACUAGAGAGAACAUUGGGGAAACUGUGCAAGAUACUGACAUAGGCAAAGACUUCUUGGAAAAGAACCCAGAAGCACAGGCAAUCAAAGCCAAAACUGACAAAUGGGAUUACAUCAAGCUGAGAAGGAAAGGAAAUACACAGUAUGGUGAAGAGGCAACUGAGAGAAUGGGAGAAAAUACUUGCAAACUAAUAAAUGAUUAAUAUCCAGAAUCUAAAAAGAGCUCAAGAAACUCAACAACAACAAAACAAACAAUCCACUUAAGAAAUGGGCAAAGGACUUGAACAGGUAUUUUUCAAAUGAAGAAAUUCAAAAGGACAACAGACACAUAAAAAAUGCUCCUGAUCACUAGCCAACAGGGAAAUGCAAAUCAAAACCUCAAUGAGGUUUUUCCUCACCCCAAUUAGAAUGGCUGUCAUAUAGAAAUCAAGAAAACAUUAAAUGCUGGUGAAGAUGUGGGGGAAAAGUUUCCCUAAUUCACUGUUAGUGGGAAUGUAUACUAGUAACAGCCAUUGUGGAAGACACUAUGGAGAUACCUUAGAAAGGUGAAAAUAGAUCUAUCAUAUGACUUAGCAAUCUCACUCCUGGGAUUUUACCCAAAAGAAAUCAAAUCAGCAUGUUAAAGAGUUAUCUGUACCUCCAUGUGUAUUGUAGCUCAAUUCACAAUAGCUAAAAUAUGGAAUCAACCCAGAUGUCCAUCAACUGAUGAAUGGUAUGGGGUGUGUGUGUGUGUGUGUAUGGUAUGGGCCACUACUUAGUGGUAAAAAACAAUGAAAUCUUUUCUUUUGCAACAAAAUAGAUGCAACUGGAAAACGUUAACUUAGUGAAAUAAGCCAGUCCCAAAAAGACAAAUACCAUAUGUUUUCUCUGAUCUGUGAUAACUAAUAGAGUACCAAAAAAGUAAUGUAUAUUACUGAAAUUGACAUUUUGAGAUUCAAUGAUUACUACAGCCCUUGUCUCUACUAUUGAGGAACAGUGUUUUUUUCUUCUUACUAUUUGUUAAACUAUUUACUUAGUUUAUGGUUAAUCUUAUAAGAUUAAGGGAAGGAAUAAAAAAGGAAAGAGAAGGAGGGGUUGGAGUGUGGGCUGGAGGGAGAGUGGGGUGGGAAGUAUCACUAUGUUCCUAAAUCUGCAUAUAUGAAAUAAGUGAGAUGUGUUCACUUACCUUAAAAUUUUAAAAAAAAAAAUAAAGAUUGAAAAAAGAAUUUUAUCUACAAAACACAUAGGACAUGUUAAAAUUGAUUAAAAAUUAAAAUAAAUAAAAUAAAAUAGAUGUCAAAUCUCACUUGACUACAACUUUUCUUGUGUGCUGAGGCAGUAUUCUGUGCCCCUGGUCCCAGAGUUGCAUUUCUGACCUGACCAGCACCCAAAUGGGAUGCUGGCUUCAGAGGCAGCGGCUUUACCUGCUAAGCCAAAACAAUGGCCUUACUUUUAUUUUUUUUUUUAAACAGAACUUUUACAGAAGAAUAAAAGCAGGAUGUAUUUUUUUCUAAACAGCUGAUAAACUAUUGAAUCAUUUGUGCCUUGAAUGUGAUACCUUUGGAAAUGCAGAAAUGUCCAUGUCUAAAGUGAGAAAACUUUCCCAAACUGCUUCUUCCCAAAGAUUCACAUUCAGCUUCAAAAGAAAUGCCAACAUGACUCAAAGCCCUUGACAUAUCUCCAGAGUAAGAGAGUACUCUUACAGUGAGAACUGUGUUUAUGAUUCUUUCAGCUUUUACCUAACAUGACUGCAAUCAACAUUUCUAACAAUGGAGUGUUAGAAUACGAUAUGUUUAGUGGUGAAAGGACUGUUUUGACUAUCAUCAAGUAUCUGAAUACUGAGUGCUUCUGACCCCUGACACUGGUCUAUACCUUACAGUGUGUUCGCGGGAGAAAUAGGCAUCUUGUUGUCACUCUGUGAGCUGAAUGAUUCCUAAGCACUCACAUGAACUGAGCAAGUGAGAACAAAAUAUGGCAUUAUUAACUACACUAACGAUCUGCUUUGUGAUUAUUCUUGCUACUUCCCAGCCUUGCCAGAUGCCUGAUGACUUCGUGGCUGCCACUUCUCCAGGACAUAUCAUGAUUGGAGGUUUGUUUGCCAUUCAUGAAAAAAUGUUGUCCUCAGAAGAGCAUCCCAGACGACCACAGAUCCAGAAGUGUGUUAGCUUUGAAAUAUCAGCCUUUCUUCAAAGUCUUGCCAUGAUUCACAGCAUUGAAAUGAUCAAUAAUUCCACACUGUUAUCUGGAAUCAAACUGGGGUAUGAAAUCUAUGACACUUGUACAGAAGUCCCAGUAGCAAUGGCAGCUGCUCUAAGGUUUCUUUUUAAAUUCAACUGCUCCAAAGAAACUGUGGAGGUGAAGUGUGACUAUUCCAGCUACAAUCCAAGAGUUAAGGCCAUCAUAGGUGCUGGCUAUUCAGAAAUAACCAUGGCUGUCUCCAGGUUGUUGAACUUACAGCUCAUUCCACAGGUUAGUUAUGAAUCAACUGCAGAAAUCCUAAGUGACAAAAUUCGCUUUCCUUCAUUUUUACGGACUGUGCCCAGUGACUUCUAUCAAACUAAAGCAAUGGCCCACCUAAUUCAGAAAUCUGGAUGGAACUGGAUUGGUGUCAUAACCACAGAUGAUGACUAUGGACGAUUGGCUCUCAACACUUUUACAAAUCAGGCUGCAGCAAAUAAUGUAUGCAUAGCCUUCAAAGAGGUUCUCCCAGCCUUCCUCUCAGAUAAUGCCAUAGAAGUCAGGAUCAAUCAGACAUUUGAGAAAAUCAUUGCAGAAACCCAAGUUAAUGUCAUUGUGCUGUUUUUGAGGCAAUUCCAUGUGUUUGAUCUCUUCAAUAAGGCCAUUGAAAGGAAUAUAAACAAGAUCUGGAUUGCAAGCGAUAAUUGGGCAACUGCCACCAAGAUUAUCAGUAUCCCUAACAUUAAAAAAAUUGGCAAAAUUGUAGGAUUUACCUUUAGAAGAGGGAAUAUGUCCUCUUUCCAUUCCUUUCUUCAAAAUCUUCAUAUGUUUCCCAGUGACAAUAACAAACCCUUACAUGAAUACACCAUGCUUUUGUGUGCCUGUGCCUAUGUCAAGGAUAGUGAUUUGAGUCAAUGUAUUCUUAACCAUUCUCAGGGGACUUUGGCAUGCAAGCCCAACAAGACUGUAGAAAAGAACUUCAUGCGAAAAGACUUCCUCUGGCAAUAUACUGAGCCAGGACUUAUGCAUAGUAUUCAACUUGCAGUGUUUGCCCUUGGUUAUGCCAUUCGGGAUCUGUGCCAUGCUCGAGACUGUCAGAACCCCAACGCCUUUCAACCAUGGGAGUUACUUGAUGUGCUGAAAAAUGUGACAUUCACUGAUGGAAGGAAUUCAUUUCAUUUUGAUGCUCGUGGGGACUUGAAUACCGGAUAUGAUGUUGUGCUUUGGAAGGAAAUCAGUGGCCAUAUGACUAUUGCAAAGAUGGCUGAAUAUGACUUGCAGAAUGAUGUCUUCAUUGUCACAAACCAAGAAACAAAAAAUGAGCUCAGGAAUCUUAAGCAAAUUCAAUCUAAAUGCUCCAAGGAAUGCAGUCCUGGACAAAUGAAGAAAACUACAAAAAGUCAACAUAUCUGUUGUUAUGAAUGUGUGAAUUGUCCUGAAAAUCACUACAGUAACCAGACAGAUAUGGAUCGCUGCCUUUUAUGCAACAACGAAACUCACUGGGCCCCUGUAAGAAGCACUAUGUGCUUUGAGAAGGAAGUGGAGUAUCUCAGCUGGAGUGACUCUUUGGCUAUCCUGCUCCUGGCUGUCUCUCUACUAGGAAUCUUGUUCGUUCUGGCCAUUAGCAUAAUAUUUACAAGAAACCUGAACACACCUGUUGUGAAAUCAUCUGGGGGACUGAUGGUCUGUUAUGUGAUCCUCCUCUGUCAUCUGCUCAUCUUUGCCAGCACAGGCUUUUUCAUUGGAGAACCACAAGACUUCACAUGUAAAACCAGGCAGACACUAUUUGGGGUGAGCUUUACUCUCUGUGUCUCCUGUAUUUUGACGAAGUCACUGAAAAUUUUACUAGCCUUCAGCUUUGAUCCCAAGUUGCAGAAUUUCCUGAAGGGCCUCUACAAACCUAUUCCCAUUGUCCUCAUUUGCACGGGCAUACAGGUUAUCAUUUGCAUGCUCUGGCUGGUCUUUGCAGCACCUGCUGUGGAGGAGAAUGUCUCAUUGCCCAGAGUCAUUAUUCUGGAAUGUGAGGAGGGAUCCAUACUUGCAUUUGGCACCAUGCUGGGCUAUAUUGCCAUCCUGGCCUUCAUUUGCUUCAUAUUUGCUUUCAAAGGCAGGAAAUUACCUGAGAAUUACAAUGAAGCCAAAUUCAUAACAUUUGGCAUGCUUAUUUACUUCAUAGCUUGGGUCACAUUCAUUCCUGUCUAUGCUACCACAUUUGGCAAGUAUUUGCCAGCUGUGGAGAUUAUCGUUAUUUUAAUAUCUAACUAUGGGAUCCUGUGCUGCACAUUCUUCCCCAAAUGCUAUGUUAUUCUUUGUAAGCAAGAGACUAACACAAAGUCUGCAUUUCUCAAGACCAUUUACAGUUAUUCUUCCCAUUCUGCAGGCAGCCUUGCCAUGAGUCACCUUUCACUGAACUCCACUAACAACAAUGUUGUAAUGACCAAUUCCAGCUCUAGUGGCAAGUCUGCAGCCUGGAAGAAAAGCAGAGAGCAUCAGGCAAAAGCAUUUGCACAGAUAAGCAGAGAAAACGUUCCAAAUAUGUAUAAAAGUUUGCCUCGGAAAAGAAUUUCAAGUAUAUGAAGGGACCAUAUGUCAUGUUCCAGAAUAAAAUGCUUCCAUGUGUCUUUGUUUUGAAAACAUAUAUCUACACUCUCAGCAAAUAGGCCCAAUGCAUUUCUGCAUUCUGUCCAACUACCUUUGUAAUGGAAAAAACAGUACCUCUCUUCAUUCCCUACCACUUCCAUUAGCUUCCAUCUUUACCUCCUUCCUCUACAGCAUAUAGUUAAAGGCAUGCCUUCUAUUCAGUUAGCCUGUAAUAUGUCAUCCUUGUUCAAUUCUCUACCUCCUCAUUUCUCACCUCUUUCUAUGGGUUCGUCUUCUCUCUUGAGCAGCUUUAUUCUCUCCAUUUUACUGCCCAGUGAGGUUGAGUAAGAAUCUGAGCAAUUACCAUGUACCAGGUGACACACUAAAUACAAAGUUGCAAGAAAUAAGGAGGCAUCAAUCCUGACAUUAGAAAACAUAAAAUCCAGGUAGAGACAGCGAUGUAGUGCUAUCUUGAAUUCAGUGUGGGGAAUUCAAUGAUUAUAAUGUGCUUUAGGGUCUUAAAACAGCAUAAUGGGAUGGCACUUAAUCACCCUGAUAGAUGAUGGGAGGUUUUAAGACCACUAAAGAAAGGAUAUUAUGUUUGGGUGAAACCCUGAAAAAUGAGUGACAAUUAGCUAAUCAAAGAAGCUAUAACAAAGUGUUCUAGAUAAAGGGGAGAGCAGGAGGCAAACGAUGACAAGAAAUUGUGUUUGGGGAAUGGUGGUCACCUUGUAUUACUAGAGAGGAAUCCUCUUUGAUAUGUUAGGUUAUGAAUAAAUGCCACAGACUGGAGUUCCUUGGGAAGGAGCUUAGGACUUUAUGCUGUGGGCCACCAAAUUAUCUGGUAGAGAUGUGACUGGCAGUUCAAAGUCUUAUUUCUGAAAGACUGCUUUUAUACAAGGUGGAAGACAGCGCCUAAUCAAAAGAGGUUUAGAAUUUGUGUAGGAGAAUAGAAAGUAGAACACCCAUGUGAAUUCAAGCUAUAUGGAAGGUGGUAAUUUAUAGCAGUGGUUAGUAAGGAUGUUAGGAGUCACAUAUGAGCCUCCAGUUUGGCUUAUUGAAAGGUGGUAUGGAAUACAGGAGGAAAAACUAUGUUAGUACAGAACAUGAGGUGUUGAAUUUGAGGUGCCUGAAGUAAUUUCAAGCAGUAUCAAACAUGAAUGCAUACAUAGGACUUUGUAUGUGUGGCAUCAGGGGUACCAGUCAGGACUGGUGGUAAGGACUUGGAUACCAUUUUCACAUUGCUCCCAUCCUUUUAAAACAGACAAAAUAAUUUUCCCCAAUCUUGACUUUCUCCUUAGCUGCCACUCUCUUCUUCCAUUCACAAUUACAUAUUUAAAGGAAUUGUGUCAUUACUGAGUUGUGACCUAUUAGUUCUUCAUCUAUUCAAGUCUGUAUUCUAACUGCAACAUUCUGCUGCAAAAGUUCAUUGGAAAGUUGUCUGUGACAUUUGUCUCUCUGAUUUAAUGAUUAUUAAAUUUUAUCCCAUGCAAAGCUAAAAUAAAAUUUAUCUUAAUGACUUGACUCCUAAUGGCAUUUCUAGUUUAAUUAUUCUUUUAAACUCUAUUUCUCCAUUCUCUCCAUGAAUUUUAAAGCCUUC